AUGUCUUCUUCGACUAGGAACAAUUCUGGUCUUCGACACAGAAUACGCGAGCACCUGCGGAUUCGGAGCAGAUCUCGAAACCGGUCCAAAAACGAGGAUUAUGAAUCUACUUCGGCUCUCGGGGCGAUUGCAGCCAGUUCGGACGCAAGUUCACAGAAUGCCACCUUGACGAUUGUGUCUCUGUCUUUGGAGUCCACUGCGGAUCCUGCCCAGGACCGAAGCACUACCGGUGAUACCACAAGUGAAAAGCAGCUCGACCGAAACACACUGCAUGCGGUCCUUUACACAAGCGGCGCCAAGCAGGAUCCCCUUGUCAGUGGUGAGCCACUUGGCGCUGACACCGACGUCAGCGGUGGCGACGGCGCUGAUCUUUGGAGCGCGGCAUAUCGUGAAGCGGUGAACAGCCUUGGCGAAGACGUGAACGUUGCGAUUCUCAAGGGCGACAAUGUCUCGCAACUGUUCAGACAGCUCGAGGAGAUGGAUAAGGAGUCCUCAAAGGACUCCGCAUUCGUGAGGGGUGUGAGAUACUUGCGUUCCCUUCAAGUGCCGCUAGAGAAUUUCAAGCUCGCGCUAGAUCUAGCGGCCCCUCUGGCGAGCAUCGAGCCUACUGCAGGUACCGUCGUUGGCGUCGUCCGGAGCGUAACGGCGAUUGCUAUUAGCAUGUCGACUGCCGACGCCCAGUUUGCCAUGCAAAUCGGGGAUAUGUUGGAGCAGAUCUCCUACAUUGACGAUUGCGAUACGCUUGGGCAGAAGACAAACAAGACGGAUAUAUACAAGGUCGGUUACGAGGGCGGUGUUCAUUUCCACGUAAUGGUAUGCAGCCUUUCUGACGUUUUGCAGGCGCUCGUGUCCGUCUAUCGGAAACUCUUGGAAUUCUACAGCGCCGCGUUUGAGAUCCUGACCAAGAAAGGAGCGAAGCUGGUGAUGAAAAUGGUCUUGGAGCAUGGCCGUCUGCCGAAAGUCGUCAAUGACUUUUUGAAACAGGCCGACAAUCUCCGACGUCUGGUUCAGAAGGCGACAUGGGAGAUUGUGGAAGACAUUCGAGCCAUGUUAUAUGAUCAGGAAAUCUCUCGGUGGCUCGACAGCGGGAAGAUCAGUCGCCAAAGCCAGCAACAUGCGUCUUUGCGGGAUGUUUGUGCCGACCAAGCUUGCGAGCUCUUACUCAAAGACACCAAGUUCAUCCGCUGGUACGCCGCCUCCGGUUCCGAGCAGUUGGCCAUCGUCGGCGAUAUGGGACAAGGAAAGACGGUUGCUAUGGCUUUUCUCAUAGACGAGCUGAGUCGACGAAACGAGCGACAAUUGCCGCGUCCCAAGAUCUGCUACCACUAUUGUAGGGAUGACGAGACGGGCCAGGCUAUCCAUAUUUUCGCUACACUUAUUCUAUCCCUCCUCGCACAGCUGUCCGGCUUGAAACGGGUAUUCUUCGAGUGGUACAAGCGGACGGAGGUGUCCGGCAUUUACGACCCGGCGAAAAACACCAAAAAACUCGAAGAGUUUCUGCACCAGACCGUACAAUCGCUCGACCGUCCACUCUUCAUCGUCAUCGACGGCCUCGACGAGUGCGACAGAGCCUCUCGCAACACCGUUCUCGAAUCGCUGAAUGCUCUCUCGCAGAAAACCCCCAGUCUCAAGGUGUUGUUGUCUACGCGGCCCGAAGAGGAGAUCCUCGUGCGACUCAAUGAAACGGCUAGGAUCUACCUGGUGUCUAAUGCCGAGCGAGAUCGCAUAAUUGUGAGAAAGCUGGUCGAGAGGCAAUUGCACUUUUUGGCUAAGGACGUGAAAGACCUUGUUUCCGAGAAACUAUCGCUCCUGGCACGAGGCAGCGCAAUAUGGACAAGGAUGGUGAUUGAGCUCAUCGAAGUCCGUAGGAUCAGAGCAAUUGCCCCGAUGCGGGCGUUCCUGGAGAACAUCCCCCCGCCCGGGCAGCUCUCCGAGCUUUACGUCAACAUAUUUUCUCGGUACACGGCGAAUGACCCAGACAACCAGAAACUUGCCACAACCGCUUUGGAGGUCCUUGCUGUCAGCAGACGACCGCUGAGCGUACUCGAACUCGCGUGGGCCGUCGCAAUGGGUGUCUCACAGGAAGGGCUCACGACUGUGGCUGCCCUAUCGCAGCAGGUUGACCAUCAACGGAUUCUGGGUCUGAUACAGCCAUUUAUUUCUCAUGUCGAUUUCUCUGAUGUCAACAAACGCCAAGUGACACUUGCACACAAGUCGGUAUAUGAAUUUAUCAUAUAUGGAUGGAUUACAAGUCAGCCUGGCUUGGAAGGCCUUCCCAUCCCCACGACGGCAAAUGAAUUGCUGAUUCAACAGCGGAUCGCAAGCCUUGGGGCAGCUUUGAUGGAUAUCUGCGUUCGGUAUCUUCUAUUGGACGACAUUGGCAGCAAAAAUCUGUUCACCGACGAGCAAUUGAUCAUUGACGAGCUCCCACAGGAUUUCGACCUGUUCGGCGAUAGCAAUGAACCGACUGACUAUGAUCCGUGUUGCACCUGGGAGUCCUUUGAAGAAAACAUGAUCCGCUUCGAUCCCAUCGGCCGUGGGUUUGGCGAGUUCUUUACCUACGCUUCGUGCCACUGGCUGGACCAUUAUGGCACCGCAACACUUGCUCCCACGCCAGGGAAGAUAGAGACAUUGUGUCAAGCCGGCUCGAUGCGACUGCACAAUUGGAUCACACAAAACUGUCGCCCUGGGUGCACCCUCAAGCCAAGAUUCCCAUUCGAUAGCAGCCGGUACGACCCUCUUGGAAUUAACGCGCUCUUUGGCUCAAAAGUCAUGCUGCGGCAUAUGAUCCAAACGGCCGACUUUGAUGACGGCAACUUUUUCCCCGACACGGCUAUGAGGGCUGCUGAGCAAAUUAUCCUGUCGGGUGACCGGUCUCGACUCAGAAUACUUUUCACAGGUGGACAAGUUUGCCAACAGCUGCAGACUCUUGACUUUUUCAGACUUGUCAUGAAGCUAUGGGCUGCCUCCGAUCGACUGGCCCAAGACUGGGACACAAUAUUUGACUUUGUCAGCCGCGUGUUGGAUAGUAUGGUCCAGGACCGUUGGGGCAACGAGCUUCUCUGCUCGGCGGCUGGCUGGGGCUGCAUGCCGAUACUUGAGCGGCUGAUGACUGGCGCUCAGCAAAAUGAAGCGCUCCGGACCGAACUGCUACGUGACUGCCAUCGCGAGUAUAAAUUUGGCGUUGUUGGUAAAGCGGCCCAUCAGUCGAUUGGAGAAGCCGUCUUAGGCAACCAUGUUGAUGUCGUGGCAUAUUUAUUGGGGCAGAAGGGCAUUGAGGCACACCUCCGAUACCGAAACUCUCGCGGCGAGAACGUUUUCCACCUGGCAUCUGGCAACUGCAAUCCUGCCAUGUUCCGACUUUUGGUUCGCCACUUCAAAGAAGGCGUGCAUCAGACAGACCACCAGCAGUGCUCGGUAUUGUUACGAAUCAUUAUGAACUCGUACUCUUGCGCUUCACGGCAUGCGUAUGAUUCGGCACAAAUACUGCUACGAGAAGCUGGUGCAGAACACGGGCUGUCCAGAGAUGAGAAGCAGCGGUGUUUUCAAAUGGCAGCCCAACUAGGUGAUGAGGAUAUGUGCUCCCUUUUUCUCGGCGAUGGUAGGACGACUCUUUUCUCGGCAACAACAAAGAGUGACUAUGGACAGAUUGUUUCGAUUGAAUAA